CACAAUUCUAGUCCCAACGGGGGGUGCUAACUCGCCACAGUCAGCGCCUAGAGAGGAUGGGUGACGACCUCUCGGGACCCUAGUCACUAUCCUGGUAAUGUGUUCCUCGUAAAUAUUAGCUCAAUAUAAAAUUAUAAGUUUACCUGCAACAGCGGUUGCGGCUGAGUAAACUCUCUGUCGUUAGAUAAUAAAAACUAUUAUCUUCGAAAUUAUCCAUAUUUAUUUCGGUCAUUCAUGAUAAUAAUCGGAAGUUUGUGAUCUUUAUUCUGUAUUCAAUAAUUCAUACCCAGCGAAAAAUUCAGAACCAAAUUGAGCUAAUUAAUUGAUUUUUAUUCUCGUGAAUAGAAUUUUCAAUUCCAAGUUAUUUUCGUUUGUGAAGGUAUUAGGAUGAAAUUUCAAUUUUCGAUCAUCUAUCUAAUGCUCUAUUUCAUUGAAUAAUUAACGUAUUCCCGCAGUUUUUUAAAUGUAUUUAGCAAGGAACACUUGACGAUAUUGUAACUAAUUUAAGAGGAUGAAUGGAGUUGAUUUUCUACUGUCGGUGGGCUCCUGCCGACGCUGCGCGCUCAUUCACUGCGGUGUUCGCAACUACGCUUACUUCGGCUCGUCAUCCUGCGUGGACGCGAAGCUCGAUGAAAUACGACGGUCAAAUCGCCAGUUCGGAGCGCUAGACUUCAAUGCGCCAAAUUCGUUUACUUCAAAUUUAGAAACAAACCAAGAUGAGCCUCAGAUCACCUCGCUCAAUUUAAAACCUUCAGAUCGAGAACUUAUUUCAAACGAUGACAUGGAGGAAGGUAUGGGCCAAAACCAAACCAUCUGCGUGUCGUGCAUCGGGCUCUUGCAAGAGUUUGGAUGCUCCAUGGAGGUCAUCUCUAAAGUCUGCGAGCGUGCGCUUGCCGAAAACUAUGACGCGACUUCAUUCAGCUUGAACAUUUCACUACCUGUGAGCAUGAGUGUCCGCGGUCACGUCUUAGCUGCCCAUUUCAGCAAACAUAAUUUGGGUGACACGUCCAAAGUUCUUGGUGCAGGUGUUACCACCGCAAUCAAGGACGCUUGGAAAGCUAUCGUGUCGAGCGUCGCCGCGUCUAUCCUCAAGAAGCGGUACGCGGGGGACGCGGCCGAGCUGUCCGUGCCCUGCUCGGCCGUGUACGAUGCCGACGCGCAGGAGUGCGCUGCUGUCAUGUCUUUGAUUGGAUACUCGGGUCCAACUGUGAAACGACAGAGAAACCGGAGACAAAGAUUUUACAAGAAUACUAAAAAAUUUGCCGUCAACAAUAACGAAGAAACGUCAAACGAAAAUCAUACCACAGCUGAAGAAGAUCUCGACUCUGGAUUAAACGAUUCCAAUUUCGCAAAAAAUGAUCAAGAUGACACAAUGAAGUCUGAUGAUUCCGAGACAGGAUACAGUCGCCAGACGGUCGAAACUGUUUUUUCUGGCCGUACGGUUGAGCUUGUCACAAGGCUGUGUCCUCUAACGACUCUCUCUGUACCUCAAACUUCCAUUUCUCUUGUCCAAGAAACGCCAGUGAGAGAGGCUGUCUACGUUGCAGGUCGGUAUUGUAAGUAUAGCAGAGAGCUGUGCCAGACGCCAUGGGUCGUUAAUGGCGUGCAAAAGUGUAGCGAGAGCGUCGAAGAGCUCAUCUCAGCCAUCAUCUUGCCUGCGUUCAAGGCGCCAGAGCUGAAGUUCCUAUCAAGUGGUCGUGAGGACGUCGACGUGCGCUGCGUGGGUCGAGGGCGGCCCUUCGCGCUGUGCAUACUGAACGCUCGCACCGCCUCCCACCCGCCUCGAGAGUUGCGUCGCCUUCAGGAGGUCAUCAACUCCAGCACCCCACACAUCUCGGUGGCUCACUUGCAGAUUGUUGACAAAGAGAGUACAUCAGUACUGCGGUACAACACAGAAAACAAAGUGAAGAACUACUGCGCUCUGUGCUUAGUGCGAGGAGACGUGAUCGUGACAGCAGAAUUCUUGCAGCCUCUGCAGGGCUGCACGCCUCUCGUCGUCAUGCAGCAGACGCCUCUACGUGUGCUGCACAGGCGACCGCUGCUCACCCGUCCACGCACGCUGCACGCGAUGUCUGCUGAGCGCGUUAACGACAAGUUCUUCAAGGUGCACGUACGCACGGAGGCUGGAAUGUACGUCAAGGAAUUGGUGCAUGGCGACUUCGGGAGAACCACGCCGAAUUUAUCCUUACUUCUGGCCUACCCCGUCGAUAUCGUUGCUUUGGACGUGACGAAUGUGGAAUUGGACUGGCCAAAAGAAGUAACAGAAGAUGACGCCUGCUGAGGAGAUGAGGAAAUAAUACAAAAGCUUAAAUUUACAUAUUAGUAUUGGCCAUGAAAAUAAACAUGGCUGGUAAAAUUUUGCAUACCCAGUCAUUUUUGAACACUUGAAUUGUUUAACGCCUGAAGAAUGCACUUGGGCCGGCGAUGAAUGCUGUUCCGUGGUUAGGUGAACCUACAGCUUGCACGUUGAAGUUUUGAUCAAAAGUGGGGAACGCUUGCCCUGGGGAGAAAGAUGGGAAAACUUGUUCUGAGAAGAAGGGCUGAAAUUCUCGAGCUGUGUAGAAUACUGGCAAAUCUUGGUUGUUGAUGGCGAUGGGUACGCUCAGUUCCUGCAGAGUUGGUUGCUGGUCGAACACAUUCAGGGUGGAGCGGAACAGAGAUGGCAACAUUGCCUUCCCGUUGCACACGUCGACUGUGGGUAGACAUUCGCUUGAGUAAAUUACAGAGUGUACGAAUUUUCGAGCAGAAAAUCUUGAAUAUGUGUCACUUUGACGUUCAAGUAAUUGUAACACGUUACGUUUUAGUUAUGAAUUAUAGCAUUUGCUGAAAUAUUUUACGGUACCUAAUUUAAAAUUUAAUACAGCAUCUCAUCAGCCAUUUUUUCUAUUUAAUGUGUAGCGUCUUGCGUGUAUUUCCGAGUAAAUAAAAUAAUUUCACUAC